AUGCCUGUCUUCUUCAACCCCCUCACGAAAGAGCCCUAUCUCCGCCUCCCAGCACCUUGUUCCCACAUAAUCAUCACAAUGGACCGUCUACACGACAUCGAAGAAACAUCAAAAGAAAUGACGAAGAUACUCAACGAUCCACUCGUCUAUCCAUGGCUAGAAGGUCCACCCUACCCAUUCCUACCCAAAGACGGCGAAGACUGGAUCAAACUGCAGUGCAAAGAGAGCGAAUCAGUUCUAUCUAGACUGCAACAAGAAUACGAGCGAUCAAGAAAUCAAACAAAAUGCAAGGAUGCCGGUGAUCAAGUGGCCCCUAAAGAAUUCUUCGAUGUCUGCGCUUUUAGAUGCAUCCGUGAAGUCACCGAAUAUGACCUCAAGACUGGCGCAGCGCUUAAAGAUGUUUACAUCGGCUCUAUUAGUAUCGCUCGGUAUUCAUUCUAUGAAUUGGCGUAUGGAAGUUCGGAAAGGGAAGAGGCGCAGGCGAGGAAUAAUGAGAUACCUGCUGGAGACAAGGGUAUUGUUUGGGGAUUGGGAAACUAUCUUUCCCCCAAACUUCAUGGUCAGGGGAUUAUGACUCUUGCUGUCCGGACUAUCAUUCGGGAUUGGGCUGUUCCUCGCAUGAAUAUGCAUAUUCUGAAAGCUAGCUAUCUUGUUGGGAAUGCAGGUAGUGCGAAAGUGAUGAUUAAGAAUAACUUUGAGGAAGUGUCUACUUUGGAGGAUUGGGCUCCUGAGAGUAAGGCUCGGGGUCGACCGAGGAUGUCUAUUGUUGUUUUGAACUGGAAGGGCCUUUCAUAG